AUGUCAAUUCAGUCAAACAAAGACGUUUUGUCCCUAAAAUCGCCCUCCCCAGCAUCUGUACCUGGGCCUGCAGCUUUUAAAGCUAAGGGACAUACGGCGGAGCAACCGUUGACUUCUUUGUCUUCACCACCUAAUGGAGGGGUUGUCGCCUGGCUCCAGGUAGCAGGAGCUUUUUUUUUGUUUUUUAAUUCUUGGGGCGUGGUCAACACUUUUGGCGUAUAUCAAACCUACUAUGAAGAAACUCUCCUCCCUGGUUAUUCGGCCUCUGCCAUCUCUUGGAUUGGUACUAUGCAGGGUUUUCUUCUUUUUCUCGUGGGAGUUAUUGUUGGCCCUAUUUUCGACAAAGGCUAUCUUAAAAGCCUUAUUGCCAUAGGUUCGUUCCUUGUCGUCUUUUUGGCCCACGGAGUAGCAGUGGGGACUGGAUGUGCCUUUCUGUUUCUCCCGAGCGUAGCUGUCGUGGCUACCUAUUUCACCUCGCGGCGCGCGAUAGCGACAGGCAUCACUGCUUCUGGUGGUAGUAUCGGCGCUGUGAUCUAUCCUAUCAUGUUUCAUAAGCUGAUCGACCCCGUUGGAUUUGGCUGGACAACUCGUAUCGUUGCCUUCGUUGUCCUAGCCGGGCUAUCCUUCUCGUUGGCCGUGAUACAGAUGCGCCUUGCCCCUUCUAAGGUGACUCGAUCACAGAUUAACUUAGAGGCUGCAUUUCUCGAAGCUCCAUAUCUGGUUUUGAAUUGUGGGCUGUUGUUUACCUUCGUGGGCUUAUACUUCCCAUUCUUCUACCUCCCAACUUACUUUACCUCCUUCCUCCAGUCCGAUGCCGAUAUUGGGGUUUAUAGUAUCGCUAUUCUGAAUGCUGCUUCCGUUUUCGGACGGAUUACGACUGGCCUUCUCGCAGACCGUAUCGGAUGCCUCAAUACCAUUGUUCCAAUCAGUAUCAUCGCUUCGAUCCUAGCAUUUGCAUGGAUCGCCAUUCGGAAUGAAGCUGGCACCAUCGUCUAUGCCUGUAUCUAUGGUUUCAGUUCCGGGGCAAUGGUCUCGCUCCCGCCUACUAUUGUCGCGCGGCUGACCCCCAAUGUCGGUAUCAUAGGCACACGAUUGGGAAUGACUUUUAUCUUUACGGGUAUAGGACUGCUGGUUGGUAACCCUAUUGCGGGAGCUUUGUUAGACUUGGAGCACGCAGUGUUCUGGAAGGCACAGCUCCUCAGUGCUAUUAUGUUGGUAGCGGGGUCCUUAUCUUUCAUGUGGGUGAGAUUACUUAUGGGGAGAAAGGAAAGAGGAUGGAAGAUUUGA